UGUCAGACGCGCAGUCAUUAGAAACCAAUUAGAAAACAGUUUCUACAAUCUCAGCCAAGAAAUGGAGCUAUUGGAAUCCUCUUUUAACAAACUGAAGCAUGAGAAGGGCCAGAUACUAAUCAGUCACAACAACUUGACCAAGGAGAAUGACAGGCUUUGGAAAAUAGUAUCUAAGCUUGAGAGAGACUGCUGCCCAGAGAAUUGGUGGAAGCACAGCUCUAGCUGUUAUUUUAUCUCAGCUGUGGAGAAAACCUGGAAUGAGAGCAGACAAUACUGCAGAGAAAAAGAUGGAGACCUGGUGAUCAUCAAUAGCAAAGAGGAACAGGAGUUCUUAAAUGACAACAUGAAGGAGGGCAUGAAGGAGAUUUGGAUUGGCUUGAGUGACACAGACACAGAAGGAGUCUGGAGGUGGGUGGAUGGCACCCCAUUAACUGGGAGUUGCAGAAUGUGGAGAAUGGGAGAACCAAACGACAGUGAUGGGAAUGAGGACUGUGCUGUUUUCUGUAGAAUUACUCAAUCAAGCCCACAGCACUCCUCCAUUAGACGUGGCCAUCCAGCUACCCUCCAGGUCUGGAAUGACGUCCCCUGCUUCCGGCCAAUGCCCUUUAUCUGUGAGCGGAAACAGCUGUGACCAACCGUGUCAACUGUGGAA